CCACCGGGUUGAAUGGUGUAGUUGGUUAUCACGUCAGUCUAACACACUGAAGGUCUCCGGUUCAAGUCCGGGUUCAAUCAUUUUUAAGUUUUGCUGCCUCGAACGAAUGUUCUGCCAUUCCUUGCGCCAGCUAGAGUGCUUAGCCUCGUCACCUUACACCCGCCUGUUCAAGAAUUUGUUUGGAGUAUCAUCUAAAAAGCUAAGAAGGAUGCUGAUACGGAUUCGACUACUCCAGUGGCACCUAUCGCAGAUUCGGACCAGAUCAGUUCAUAGUGUGAUGUUCUUCUGCUUGGCAUCACCGCACGUAAACCUACUCCAGCCUUGCUUAGAAGUGUUCUUGACGACAUCAAUGGAAACUCAAAAGACGCUGCGAUAGGUGAACGCUGACGAGUCCCUCGGUUUAGUACUAUUAGGGGCAUUCUUGGCGAUUACAAUGCUUCUACGAUCCCGCUUACGCUGCAGAUUGACACUGGGCAGAUCAACAGGCAAUUCCAACUAGACGACUGG